GGGAUUUCAUAAAUUAACGAUUAGUGAAGAGGGAGAGUGUGUUUUCCAUUAAAAAUACUCAAAUGAAUAAGGCAUGUUAAUUUGUUAAAGCGAUUAAAUGAUGUAUUCGAACAGUUUACACACUUGUAAUAAUUGAAAAUCCCCCGAAGUUCUCUAGGGUUUUCUGUUGUGACUGUUUAAAACUAGUUCUGCAGUUAAUCGAACCAUUGUGAAAGAUGGCGGGAAGUUCUCGGUGCGAUGCUCAACUAAAUAACAGUUCUUCUAGUUCAACUGAAAAUGACCUCCCUUCGAGUACUUGUGACUGGACUAAAGGUCUCAUUGAUAAACUUGGAUUACGUUAUGAAUACAAACUGCCAUCUGAUAUGGUAAUAGAACACAUGUCUUCCGUAGCUCACCUAUUUCCUGAAGAAAUUAAUGAUCUCGAGAAGGUGGCGAGUAAGCUCGGCACUGUGGGCAAUCUUAAUCACGAAAGUUUACUCCAAAUUAACUUGGCCGGUCUCCGCUGGUUAACCCAAUCCGACGAAGAUGUAGGACUACUGCGGACAGAAGUACCAUUCAAGGAAAUAGAUGUAUUGAGGUAUUCAACCUAUGUGAAAAAGUUUGGAUUUAGUCUGUGGUUUGUUCUAAAAGAAAAUCCGUCUGCGGUUUCUGAGGCCAAAUAUCGGUGCUUAUUCCAAGAAUUUCUUCAGAUGUUUGGAAUUCAAGUCAUGGCACAGCCAGUAAUAAACAUGGAAUCUACAAAGCUAUUUAGAGAAAAAGUUUCAUCAUGCGCAGAAAUUGUGUGCUUAAGUCAAAGGGAUGUUGAGAAAUGCGCAGUGGCAGUUUGUGAGGUUAAAGGAGAAUGCUGUUCUGCAGACCAGGAUGAGGGACCAACAGCUCCAAAGUUCAGAAGGACACAAGACUCCCCAGAAAAAGUCCCAGUCUCUAAGGAGAAAACGAGUCUACCAGACGGGCUACUACCACAACAUAUUGGUCAGCUACUGACCUACUUGCACAAAUCAAUUUGUAAAGAGGCGCUGCUGGGAAUGGCUGUAGACAAAACCUGUGUCACAUUUACAAGGUUAUUUAUGAAGGAAGAUACAAUGACAGAGAUUCAGACAUCAUCACGUGAAUCACUACCAUUAAAGGAGAAAGAGAGACCCAUUCUCUACUACAGUAGACCGUACAAUUACCUUUUAGAAGAGGACCGAGAGGAAAUUGUUAAAGCACUUCUGACUCUGACAGUAAUGGAGUAUCGGGCAAGAGGGAAAAAGAGAAGAUAAAAAAGUGUUAUGCAUGUAAAUAUAUUUAGUGUCAGUUUGACCAGCUUUUGUUUCAUUGAAUGAUCCUUGUGUAGACAUGAAAUGUAUUGGAUUACAUGCAAUAAAUGACUGUUCA